ACGACUGGCUGAAAUGAUGAAUGGGGGCUCGCGGGCCUCCCGGCCUCUGGGUAGUUGCGGAUUCGUCAUUUCGGGCUGCCACGUUUGACCGUCCCUGCAUUUUGUUUCUUCUUCGUCUUCUUCACACCACGACGAACCCAAACCAACCGAAAGCGGAAAGCAAACAGCAGACGACUCGACUCGAGAGGAAGAAGGCGCGAAGAAGACAGAGAUCCACGCCCACGCCAACGCCAUCACGCCACUCCCCGACUACUCAGGAGUCAGCAGGACAGCGAGCAGGCACAAGCAGAUCUCCCUCCACGCUGCGCCGACCGCUCUUUCUUCCUCUCCGCCGCUCCCCCGCUGCAGGAAGGAUCAUGGAGCGCGGGGUUCUGGGCUCCAGGGGCGCCGGCGCCGUCCGAAUCUUGGGGAUGGAGACCGGGGCCGCGACGUCAUGUGGCAAAACAACCUCUAUAAGUUUUACUGGUUCUACCAAACAUGAGCAGAACUUGCAUGAGAAUGUUAAGCCGUCGCAAUUUGCAACAAAUGGAUCCUCUCGUCUGGUUUACAGAAGUUCAGUACUUAAAAAUCAGUGGAAUCUUUCUGCUAGUUCUUCCUCUGCGAAUGUGGUUACCACUUUUGAUGAUGACAAAGAUGUAUCUUCCAGUGUUGUUGAAGAAAAAAUUGGAGUACUGUUAUUAAAUCUUGGUGGUCCAGAGACCCUCGACGAUGUUCAACCGUUCUUGUUCAACCUAUUUGCUGAUCCAGAUAUCAUUCGACUGCCUAGGCUAUUCAGGUUUCUCCAAAGACCACUGGCCAAACUUAUUUCUACUUUUAGAGCUCCUAAGAGUAAAGAAGGGUAUGCUUCAAUCGGUGGUGGGUCACCAUUGAGGAAAAUUACUGAUGAGCAGGCAAAUGCUUUGAAGGCUGCUCUGAAAAAGAAAAAUUUGAAUGCAAAUAUAUAUGUUGGGAUGCGGUAUUGGUAUCCUUUCACAGAAGAAGCCAUUGAUCAGAUUAAGAAGGAUAAGAUUUCGAAGCUCGUUGUUCUUCCACUCUACCCUCAGUACUCCAUAUCAACAAGUGGGUCAAGCAUUCGUGUUCUCCAAAACAUUGUCAAGGAAGAUUCAUAUUUUUCUGGCUUGCCAAUUUCCAUUAUCGAAUCAUGGUACCAACGUGAUGGCUAUGUGAAAUCAAUGGCUGACCUAAUUGAAAAAGAGCUAUCUGCCUUUUCCAAUCCUGAAGAGGUUAUGAUAUUCUUCAGUGCACAUGGUGUGCCACUUACCUAUGUUGAGGAUGCUGGAGAUCCUUACAGAGAUCAGAUGGAGGAUUGUAUUUCUUUGAUAAUGGGGGAGCUGAGAUCCAGAGGAAUCUUAAAUGGUCACACUUUGGCGUAUCAGAGUCGGGUGGGGCCAGUUCAAUGGCUGAAGCCAUAUACUGAUGAAGUUUUAGUAGAACUUGGUAAAAACGGUGUGAAGAGCCUCCUGGCUGUUCCAGUAAGCUUUGUGAGUGAGCACAUUGAGACAUUGGAAGAAAUCGACAUGGAGUACAAGGAGUUGGCUCUAGAAUCAGGCAUUGAGAACUGGGGUCGGGUUCCUGCUCUUGGAUGCACUUCAACGUUCAUCUCCGACCUUGCAGAUGCUGUUGUCGAAGCCCUGCCCUCUGCUUCAGCACUUGCAACCAGAAAGCCUGAAGACACUGAUUCCAACAUGGACCUGAUGCAUUACCUGACCAAGAUGUUCUUUGGCUCGAUCUUGGCAUUUAUGCUGCUGUUAUCACCAAGGCUAGUUUCUGCUUUCCGAAACACCAUGCUUUAGGUUUGCUAGGUAAGCACUAAGCAGAAAUGGUGUGAUAGGUAAUUUCCCAAAGCACUAAAUUUUGAGAUCGAUAAUGGUAAAACUGCAAGGAACUUGGUGCUCGUAAGUCGUAACUAGAGAUCCUUAAGGCCACAAGGUAGGAGCUUGCAAUUUGCUUUUUCUGAUAUUGUUCACAGAAAACAUUGGUCUCAUAAAUGAAUCUAUGAAAGCAUGGAACAUUAUAGCUCAAA